AUGCCUAUGUGCUGUCUGCUAACUAGGGUGUCUUCCAAUUUGUACAGAAUUAUUGUUUGGUGGGUUAUGGUAGUGGAAAAUAGAGUUGCUAAAUCAGCUCCAGACCUAAAAGUGACUGUCUUUGAACGCUCAUGCAUAAAAUGUUGUUCCUCUUCUUUAAAAGAUGAUCUUGCGAAGGAACCACAUAACAUAAGGAAACUCAGACUGUUUUUUGGACUACUUGGUGGGUUUCUCAUUGCAACAACUGGACAUCGGAAGGGAGUAAUCACCAACAUGACCGUGAAAGAGGUCAAGACUGCUGAAAAGACUACAAGAGGUUGUCGUGUCAUUCGUAUUCAGGAGCACAAAACCCAGAGAUACUUUGGGCAAGCAGCCAUACCACUGAAACCAGAGGAGUAUGCCUGGUUCAGGCGUUACAACAGACUUCGUGGUCAAAUUGAGGGAGGCUCAGAGGCAUCCACGUUUUUUCAUACCACUGUUGGAGGGCCCUUGUUGAAACUCCCAGAGUAUUUUAAGGGUGCCUGGGAAGGACUGAAUCUGGGUCCUGGCCCCACAUUCAAUAUGUUACGUUCUUCUGUUGCCACUUUUGCCAAGCGGCAGCUGGGACUUGAAAAAUAUGAGAGGGUAGCAUCAUUCAUGUGCCAUGAUCCCCAAACAGCCAAAAGAUUUUACCAAGCGGAUGACCCGACAGCGUACACAGUUCAGAGCAGAGCAUUGACGAUGAUGGCAGUGUCAAGCUAUGCAGAUAAGGAAAAGAAGAAGAAAGAGAGGAGCAAGAGGGCAGGUGCAGACUAUGACGAGGUGGUGACAGAAUCACCUCAGGAGGACACAAGGAAGGGCAUGCAAGAACCUGAAAAGAAGAACCAUGGAAACAAGCAGCAGAUGGUGAGCUCGUCUGAUGAUGAGGGGUCAGAUGAUUGGCCCCCAAAGAAUGGAACAGAAGAAGAAGAGGAGGAAGAGGAGGAGGAGGAAGAAGAGACCAGUGUGAAGCGAAGGGUUCCCCAGCUGCGAAAGAAAUGGCCUGCACCUACACCCAGGAACAGACUGGCAAGAGUUGUCUUUAGUAGUUUCUGUGCUUAG